AUCAAACAGGAGGUUCGAGGUCCGACUGGGUGGCAUCGAAUGGGCAAAUUAAUGCUCCAAGUGGGUCAUUUCGAUCAAGCUGAGCAACUCUACAAUGAAUUACUCGAGAAUGCUUCUGAUUAUAGUGAGAGAGCACAUAUCUAUCACAUGCUUGGAUCAGUGAAAGACCAUCAAGGUAAAUAUCCAGAAGGAGUUAAAUUCUUCGAAAAAGACCUCGAAAUAUCCCAGAAAACACUCUCACCAGAUGAUCCACAAUUGGCUACUAGGUACAACAACAUCGGUCUAGUGUAUAGAAACAUGGGUGAAUACUCGAAAGCACUUGAAUAUUAA